CCUCCUGUCGGGGGCAUGGGCUGCUUCGCCUUUGCCUCGGUGCCCUGCGCUGCCCGCCGCACUUCCGCCUUUAUUGGUUUGUCUUUUCUGACAGCACGGCUUAGCGUGCAAGCCAAGGCAGCCGGGAGAAGAAGGAUUAAAACAAACCUCUGGCCCGGGGGUUUCCAGCCCCGGGAAGUCCCGGCCGGAGCUGGUGCGGGCGGCCCCCUGCGCUCCGAGGGUGCCACGCUCCGCUUUAGGCGGUGCGCAGCCCGGGUGCCGGAGCAUCCCGCGGGCGCUCCCGGUAGCGGCGACACCGCCCCGCGCGGAGCGGCGGCACUUUCACUUUCGGCAGGGACACGUGAUUUCCAGGAAAACGGGAGGGGUGGAUAAAGGAGCGGUAAGCGGCGGCCAGAGCCCCCGGCCCGCCCCGGGUCGCCGUCUCCGGGUGGCCCCGGUCCCCCGGUGACGGUCCCGCGCCCACAGGAAGCGCAGAGGCUGCGGUUCGGACAGUGGCUGCUGAACGCCAUCAGCAGCGGGAACUACCGGGGGCUGCGCUGGAUCGACUCUGCCCGCACCAUCUUCCGCGUGCCCUGGAAACACAACGCCAGGAAAGACAUCACCAGCAGUGACCUGGAGGUCUUCAAGGCCUGGGCAAAGGUCAGUGGGCGCUAUGAGGAAGGCUCUGAGGACCCGGCCAAGUGGAAGACCAACUUCCGUUGUGCCCUGAGCAGCACGCACAUGUUCAAGCUGGAACAGGACCAUUCCAAGCGUGGUGAUGACCCCCACAAGGUCUUCUCCAUUGUCUCAGGUGAGCCUCGCCCCAUGGAGGGGCUGUGUUGGGUGGGGUGGGCAAUCUCAAGACUUCCCAUUCCUGGUGCUCUCCUUUCAGCCACCCUCCAGCACGGCACGCAGGGAGAUUCCAGCAUCCCAAACCCUGCGGUGGACCAGCAGGCAGCACAAGAGCAGCUGCAGCUGGAGCUCCACCCCCAAGACAUAGCCUCAGCAAUCGCUGUGCCAGAAAGCACUGACCCCACACAGCUCAAGACUCUGGAGGACCUGCUGCAGCACUGUGAUAUCUCUCCCCGUGACCUUGGCCCGCUCACCGCACCCUGGGUGCCCACAGGUGGCUUCCCUGCGGGGGACACUCCCCACCAGGACAUUGUGCUCCAGCCUCACCAGGACAUUGUGCUCCAGCCUCACCAGGACACCCUGCUCCAGCCUUACACAAACACCAGCCGAAACAGUUGCUUCCCUCCCACGACAUUUCCACAAUGGGUGCCCACGGUGGAGCAGCCCACCUUGGACACCUACCAAGCAACGGGCCUCAUGCCACCAGAAGAGACAGGGGCCGUGCCAGCGCCAUGCCACCUGAUGGAGAGCGCGGUCCCCAUGCAGUACGCGGCGGAGGCGACGUUGUUUGUGCCUGCCGCCAGUCCUGUGCCACAGCCACGGCUGCUGCUGGAUAACACAGAUGGCAUCGUCUCCAUCCUGGAUGUCACCAUCUACUACCGGGGGAAGGAGUUCCACCGGGAGGUGGUUGGGGGCAGCCGCUGCCUGCUGACAUACCAGCCCCCCAGUCUGCCGGAGAGCCCGUGCCCCUGGCACGUGGUGCACUUCCCCAGCCCCGCCAGCGUGGCCGACGGCAAGCAGCGGCGCAUCACCGAGGAGCUGCUGGGUGUCGCGGGGCUGCAGCUGGAGCAACGCGCCUACAAGGUCUUUGCUACCCGCCGGGAGAAGUGCAAGGUGUUCUGGGCCUUGUCCCAGCAGCUCGAGGGGGUUGAGGAGCCUCCACCCAACCUGCUCUACCGGGACCAGGAAACGCCCAUCUUUGACUUCAAUGAGUUUUGCACAGAGCUGAGGGACUUCCGCAAUGGCCAAAGGCGGCGAUCCCCUGACUUCACCAUCUACCUCUGCUUUGGGCAGGCCUUCUCCAAGACCAAGCCUAAGGAGUCCAAGCUCAUCCUGGUCAAGCUGGUGCCCAAGUUCUGCGAGUAUUACUACGACCAGGUGCUGCAGGAGGGAGCCUCCUCCUUGGACAGCCACACCAUCAGCCUGCAGCUCUCCAACUCCUUUGACCUCAUGGAGCUCAUUGAGCAGUACAACAUGCAGCUGGGCUGACCCCACCUCCCCCAUCCCCAUGGCCCUGGCACAGGCAGCAGGACCCCUGGGCAUCCCAGGCUCUGCAAACCAGCACCCCCCAACCCAAGGACAGCUUCACUGACCAGUCCUGGAGCUCACACAUUGCUUUUCCCCUCUGUCAGCUUCUAGUGUGUUUUUUUGUGGAGAGUGGUAAUUUACAGAUUUAUUUUUUUUAAUUUUUCCAAGUUAAAAUAUAUAUGUAUAGAAAUGUAGUUCUCUUGCUGCUGUUGCCUGGAUAUCUGCCUCUGCUAUCAGUCUGAAAUCUUCACCACCCCCUUCUACCCCCAAAACCACAGGGGUCCAUGCCCAGCCUUGUCUCAGCAAAGUCCCUGCUUGCAGGGGUGGGCUGGUAUCAGAGAGCUUUAUCAGCGUCUUCUUCCUCGUAAAUUUGAGUAGAUGAGGUGAAUUCCCAGCGUGAAGGGAUGCAUUUAUCAAUGUAUUUAUUUCCAUGCAUUAAGGCUGCAAACAUGAUUUGCCAGCAGAGUGUGUUGAGGACAGCUUGGCUUGGGCUAAACAAAAGUAAUUCGCUGAGCACUGGCCCAGAGUCACUUUCUGGAGAUGUUCUGGAAAAAUAAGGCAGCAACUACAAAACGAAACACCCAGAGUGCCAGCUCAGAGCUGCAGAGAGGGUGGUAUCUCAGGGAGGAGUGUGGAAACCAGAGGGCUGCCUGAAGAUGGGGUGUGCCCUCCCCAGGCUGCAAGCAACUGCACCCCCUCAUUUCAGGAGCCUGACCAUCACUGUGGUCCCUGGGCAAGAGGAGGGAGCAGUGUCCUUACCUGCCUG